AUGAUACGACGAUUGGGCAAUGGGUUCAUACCACAUCUGCGUGCCUAUGCGACAUACAGACGAAGCAACACGUAUGUGAAAAAUGGUCUGGUUGAAAAGCAAGACCACACUGACGAUUUCCGUCUCUUACGACCAAAUACAAACGACCACAUCCACCAGUUGGAUCCGAAACAAGUACGACGGCUCGAGAAUAAAGUGAAAGCCGAUGCUCAGAAGCUCAGUACUAGUAUAAGUUUGCUGAAAAGCUAUCUCAAGCAACGGGAGGCACUUGUGGACCACUUUUUGCUGGUUGAAUCUGUGGAUGGGUUUCUUGAAAAUCUAUUGCAUCGCAAUGAUGAAAGUAUACUGCCAGAAUUGGGUCAAGUGCUCACUGAUAUCGCUGACCCGCAAUAUGAUUCGGAAAUUGCAAAUUCCAUCACGCUACUUUCUGCACUUUUUAUAAACACUUUCUUGGUGGAACUCAAUGCCGCUUAUGCAUUGAGCGGAAAGACUCCCGCAAAUUUCGAGCUGGAUUCUUUUCUCUUGCGUCCACAACUAUUCAACUGUAUCAAAGACGAACCUAAAAGGCUUGAAAUAAUGAAGAUCUUGGCACUGAUGUAUCUUGGCGACGAAAAAAACCCAUCGUUUCUUCUGUUCAUUUCCCAACUUGACGAGCCGACUAUUUCCAGCAUUUGUUCUUCCAUGCCAUCUUCCGAUGACUUUUUCUCGCUCGAACACUACCGAUAUCAUUUCUUGCACUACAAAUCCAGCCAAAGUUUGAACUACGAUCAUUCGGACACUAUAAGAGCGAUCCAGUCCAUAUCGAGACCUCGCUUCACUACGCCCAACACAGACAGCAGCAGAUACAUGAUAGGCUUCUCCAACGCAUUCGACACAUAUUACAACUCCUCAGAAUCUUACGCAGGCCGAAUGAAUCUUGUUUUGAGCAUUACCAAAGUACUCCUUUCAACGGCUGGACCCGCUCCAAACCAUAGUAUCUUUCGGUAUUUGAUAGAUGAGCUUGGAAAUGCUAAUCUACUUAAUUACCAAUCGUUGGUAUUCAACUCCAUACCAGGGUAUGAACACAAGAAAACCAUGUUGGGCUCAAGCACCGAAUCCAUCAUAGCGCCAAGAGCAGCUCUUCAUUACAAAAGAGCAAUAGAGGAUGAUCCUGAUAUACUUGGUUCCCUCAUGCUCUAUCUUUCAAGGCGGGCAUCUAACAAUUCGCUUGAGCAAUUUCUAUCGUUUUAUCGACUUAAUGAGGUUGUCAAGCAUGAGCGAGUGCUCGACAAUUCCAACUUUUCGAGCCUAGUCAGCAAAUCACGGUUCACGAGAAAUCGUGACAUAGAUCUUCACUCCGUUGUGUUUGAUACAGACAUGCCAAUCAUUGCGUCCGUGGACCUGGUAUACAAUGCCAUUGCUUGUUGCAUUGAACUCGGGCAAUUCCAGUACAUCGAUCCAUUAUUCAACAAAAUGAUCGUCCACACAGUUGAUUUGGGUGGUGAGGUGCAUGUAGCGCUCAGCUUGGGGAAUCAAAAAGACUUAACAAAUAGUGAGUUCUCUCUCUUGUUGGCUCAAAACUUGACGUUUGCAGAAAUGGCAGACAAGCUUUUCACCAAAAAGUUAUUAAUUCUUCUUUUGAAAGCAAGCAGGCUUUCGGACGACGUGGGACGAAUGAUGUGGCUUACUCCUCAUUUGGACGCUUACCUCACCAAGCACUUUGAGUCUAGUAGUCAACAUAUUGACGAGAUCAAGAAAUUUGCGUCUGAAGAUUCUGUAUCAGAAGCAUACGCUGCUGAAUUCUGGGAACAGGACUCGCAGGCUUUAAUCGAUACCUCUCUCAUAACAGAAAUUGAAUUAGCACUCACAGCGCUUAGUCUAGAUGGCAAGAAACUCGCAUACAGCAAGUUUCUUGACUUUUCUCGAACGGCUGGACUCACCCCAAAAAGCAAGAAAAGAGAGAGCUAA